AAAAUAGCUGGGGAUGUGUUGAACAAUUUAUACAAUACAUGGGGUGAUGAAAAAAGCCUCAUUGUUUGGCAGCAGAGGAAAUUUUAUGUAUUGCUGUUGACUGGUUUGCAAAAUGUUUAGCCAUAAGAGAGUCACAGGGUGAAAAAGGAACCUAUACAAAUCAUCUUGCAUGUUAUCAACUUCACAGAGAUAAAAUCAAGAGCACAUUGAUAAAUGAACAGUAUUAUGGUCAUGAAGUCUUCUUCCUGAAGCUUUGGAAUAAAGCAUUAACAUUAAAGAUACCAGAGGCUAAAAUCAGAGACAACUUUUUGAAUUUCAUGAAAGACAACUUGGAGUCUUGCCUUGACAGGAGAUCAGUAGGCACUGAAGUAAAGCUAAUAGAAAUUUACUGUGAAAACAUAGAACUAUUUGGUGAUAGCAUGCAAGAGAUUUUGAGUAAAUUAGCAUACAAAGCUGUUGAAAAAGGUAGCAGUUUGUACUUUGGUACCAGUAUUAGGGGAGCAGCACUGAUGAGAUUCGGUACUCUACUUUCUCAAGUAUUUGAAAGGAGUAUGGAUCUGCAUCAACUGAGUGACCAACCCAAAAUAUUGGACUAUACCUUGAACUGUGCACCAUUUUCUAUACAUGUGAAAAUAUUUUAUCAUGAAGAAUAUUCCAAAUCCUUGAGUAGUACCAGUUCAGCUUUAAUGAGUUCUUUUGUUGAGGUCAUAAAACAAGCUUCUGAGGCUUUAGCACAUGGUCAGAUUUUAAUACAAGAUUUACAGACAAUUCUGGGAAAAGUUGAUCAUUUCAAAUCUGUUGUUGCUGAAAUUAAAGACAAUCCCAUCAGGCCUGAUUACCUUAUUGCAACACUAGCACUUAGAGAGAAAGAACUUUAUGGCUACCAAACAACAUUGAAGAUAGUUCAGGACUUUGUUUACAUGUGUACAAGAUUUAAAGGUAAUACUCGAAAAUUGGAAGAUAAAAUUAAAUGUUUUGAAAAGCUAGAAAAUAUUAGUUUGAACUUAUUGUGUAAAGUUGCAAUGCUAAACGAGACCAAACAUCCUGAUGAGUACCAACCAACUGUCAUUGCAUUUGAAUUGGAUGAACAUGUUGUUCAGACAAUACCACAUGUACUAAAAUGUGGUCAAGGACUUUUGUUCAUAACCCUAUGGGAUAAAAGAGGAAAUGAAUUAGCAAAACAGAAAGGCAAAGCUUUAGAUUUGGAUGAAAUCUUGACAGAAGUUUGGGAACCAACAUACAAAUUUUGGAAUGAUUUGUGUACAAGGCUGAAAAAUGGAGAUUUAAAAUUUUCUGAAUUUGAGAAAUACUUCAAGACAACAGAUAUGGAAACUCUGAGAAAUGAACUGAUGAAAUUGAGUCAGGAUGGAAACCCUCAAUGGAUUGAUGUUAGGUUGGAUCAAGUUGAAAAAUACAGAAAUCUGCAGAGUUGUUUAUUUGGUGCAAGAGCUAUAAUGGAAGUGGUCAAGGAAUUUGAAUUGACAGGAAAUUUCAAUCAGAUUUUAGAAAUACUUAAAAAAACUGGUGAUUCUGAUACAAAAAUGAAUACAUUGGAUGACAACAUGAUGAAAACCUGUAAAAUAUUAACAGGAAUUGAUGAAGAUAAAGCCAAAAGUCUAGAACAUUUAUUGCCUGUAAACUGCUGGUAG